UCAGAAUUUCGCCCCAAUAUUUUUCUUAUAUUUUCCCAAAAUAUUUUCUUCUCCCUCCAUUUCCUUUCUCUCCCUCUGUUUCCCAUCAAAAGGGGAAGGAAAUAACCAGUGUGGGUCAUGGAUGGCGGUGCUUCUUACAACCCACGCACAGUGGAAGAAGUCUUUCGAGAUUUUAAGGGUCGUCGUGCUGGCAUGAUUAAAGCUCUCACCACUGAUGUGGAAGAGUUUUACCACCAGUGCGAUCCAGAAAAAGAGAAUCUUUGCCUUUAUGGAUUUCCCAGUGAGCAGUGGGAAGUGAAUUUACCUGCUGAAGAGGUGCCUCCCGAGCUUCCAGAGCCUGCACUGGGUAUUAACUUUGCCAGAGAUGGAAUGCAAGAAAAGGACUGGUUAUCGUUGGUUGCUGUACACAGUGACGCGUGGUUACUUUCUGUGGCUUUCUAUUUUGGUGCUAGAUUUGGGUUUGAUAAAGCUGAUAGGAAACGCCUUUUCAAUAUGAUCAAUGAUCUUCCAACAAUAUUUGAAGUUGUGACGGGAGCUGCUAAGAAACAGACAAAGGAGAAAUCGUCAGUUUCAAAUCAUAGCAGCAACAAAUCUAAAUCAAACUCUAAGCAAGGCUCUGAAUCGCAGCCCAAAUACUCCAAGGCGGUCCCAUCGAAGGGCGAGGAUGAUGAUGGUAUGGAUGAGGAAGAUGACAAGGAACAUGGAGAGACAUUAUGCGGGGCUUGCGGAGAGAAUUACGCCGGUUAUGAAUUCUGGAUCUGCUGUGAAAUCUGUGAGAAAUGGUUCCAUGGAAAGUGUGUUAAGAUUACACCAGCAAAGGCAGAGCAUAUUAAGCAGUACAAAUGCCCAUCGUGCAGCAGCAACAAGAGAGCACGGCCUUGGUGAUGGCUGCUCAGCCGCACUUCCUGUGAAUUCCGGCAUCACUGACCGCUAACCCUCUACUAGGUGAUGUACUCAAGUAUGUUCUUAGUCAAUGUAUCCUUUUAGCCAAGGUAAUCUACCAUGGCUUGUACGUGUAGGAUUAUUAAAAAAAAUGUUUUUAUAAGCAGGUUGAGAAUCAUUUUCUUCCUGCCAUUGGAAGGGAAACUUGGUGUAUGUUUGAAUCUUGUCUUUAAAUUCAAGAAUCUGUA